UAAACCUGAAUGUGAACAACUGAAUCAUUAUUGUUCAAAUUACACUGAAGAAUUGAAACUUAAGGACUAAAUCGUCAUUGUUAAAGUAACGAUAGAGAACUGAAUGCAUUCAAUUAAAAAUUACUUUUAAAUUUAUGUUAGAUAAUUGAAUGGAGUACAAUAACAUGUUAUUGUUAAGAUAAGAGAACUAAAAUAAACCUGAAUGUGAACAACUGAAUCAUUAUUGUUCAAAUUACACUGAAGAAUUGAAUACCAAUAAUCAAAAUAAAAUUAAAUUGACAUUAUUAAAGUAACGAUGGAGAACUGAAUUUGACGGAAUUCUGAUGGAGAAUUGAAUUGGGAUAAUAAUAUCUGCAAUAUCAGAAUUAUGUUUGAGAACUGAAUGUGGACAAUUCAAUCGAAUCACCAUUGUUAAGUUUUGAUGGAGAAUUGAAUGCAAUUAUUAUAUGUAAUUAUAAAGUAUCACUUGUAGCAUUCCAGUUCCUCUUCAAAACAACAAAGAAAUUUUGCCCAGAUGCCCAGACAAGUACACAGCCCCCUCGGGCGCAAGCCCUCGGUCCAUUGCGAAGAGUGCAGAAGAGAUUUUAAUCAUCUGGGUCUGUUACAACACCACAUGGCAAGAGGACACCAAAAGCGACACAAACCUGAGGGAUACCGUUGCAAGAAGGAAGGCUGUGGAAAAUUUUUCAUCUGGAGAAGGUCCCUCAAUGACCAUUUAAAGAGGAAACACCCAAAACCUGCAACCACCAUGUCCAGUAUGACAUGUGUGGCCGUCCCUGAGGCAUCCAGUAUGAGACCCCAGCCGGCAGCGAGCCCUACACUAUCUUUGGACGCACCUGCGGACCUCAGGUUCAUGUUUGAUGUAGACUCCUUGUUUCUAGGGUGUUGUAAUCCUAACUUUCCUAGAUGUCCAUAUUGUUGUAUUGCAGGAGGGUGAGAGUGGUAACAGCAAGCCUGGGGUUGCCGUUGCCAUAGACCAGAGGGUGGCCCAAGUUCCCUCAUUACCACUCGAAAGCCCAAGUGUGACACUAGCAAGUGAACAAGAGAAUGCCAGUGGGAAACACAGACCAGAGGGCAGCCCUAGUGUCUUUGAUGUCGCUUGAGGCCCCCCCCCCCAAACCCAGUGAGACAGCCGUGUCUAGUCUGGGUAGACUCCUUACCACAACAAUAGAAGGGCUAAUCGAAGAAGUUUCCAGGGCCCCAGCUACAGUAGAUGAGGAGGCUC